AUGUUUGCCAUGAUAAAUCGGGUGUUAGAAUGGUUCCGAAGUUUGUUUUGGAAAGAAGAAAUGGAGUUAACAUUGGUUGGAUUACAAAAUUCCGGAAAAACAACAUUCGUUAAUGUGAUUGCGAGUGGACAAUUCACAGAGGACAUGAUUCCCACAGUUGGGUUCAACAUGAGGAAAAUAACUAAAGGAAAUGUUACGAUAAAGUUAUGGGAUAUCGGUGGUCAACCCCGAUUCCGAUCUAUGUGGGAGCGAUACUGCCGUGGAGUGAACGCAAUUGUUUUUAUGGUUGACGCUGCUGAUGAGGACAAAUUGGAGGCAUCACGCAAUGAACUGAUGCAGCUGCUCGAUAAAGCGCAGUUGGAUGCAAUCCCCGUCCUUGUGCUUGGAAACAAGAAAGAUCUUCCCGGUGCUCUAGAUGAACGGCAACUUAUUGAACGCAUGAAUCUUUCCGCUAUCCAGAAUCGCGAGAUUUGCUGCUAUUCAAUUUCUUGUAAAGAGAAGGAAAAUAUAGAUAUUACACUCCAAUGGCUGAUUCAGCACUCGAAGAGUCAGCGCUGA